AUGAAUAGCAACAGUCAAGGUAUUCCAAUCGAGGAUGCCCUUUCCAUCUUGUCGUUGCGCAAGCCGCAUCACCAUGCCGAUUGCAAUUCAAUCGGUGACCGUGCAAAGCACAUGGGGCAGACCAUCGACCUACUCGAGACAACAACAACAACUGCGGAACGAGGAAACGAAGAAAUACGAAUCAGAGACGAAGAAAGGCACAAGAAAGUUCAAAACGAACUGAAUGAGAUGCCAGAAAGCGAGCUGCUACAAGCUGUUUUGAGGGUGCAAGAAGAUCGUGUCAAGACGUAUAAAAACUACGAAACCGAUCUCGGUACUGUGCUUCACACGGGGAACAUGACUGGAUAUCCCGAUGCCUGUCUAUCAGCAACGGCGUCCUUCUCGGUACUAAGUGAAACUGUGAAUGCAAUCCAAAGUGUUCUGGAGCAACGUGAACAAAAGGAACUGGUGGGACUCUUGAAACAACUACAAGGGUACGAAAAGGAUAAACUACACAUAACAGCAGCUCAUCAUCUAGAAAGAAUACGGAAACGAAACGAAGAAAUGCAGCCAAACUGCGAUCCAAGAAACAUGAAACUUUUGGAAGAUGGGGUUGCAUCAUUACAGCACAAAAUAAAUGCAACUGUUGAUAAUAUCAAUGAAACAAUUGAUGAGAUUCGUUGCAUGUUGCUUGAUUUGGAUGACCAAUAG